AACUUUAUUUUUUCUGCAUUGCAUGGCCUUUUGUUCAUUUCCUCCCGUCUUAUUGUUCUUUUCUCCACCUUUCACUCACCGUUCAUAACCCUCUCUCUAUCCACAAACCAAAAUAACCAAACACAUAGACGGAGAGAUAAAGCUCCGCACGCAUAUAGUGUGAUUUGACAAAGAGAUCCAAGAAAUUACGUAGAUACUAAUGGCUGUUGAAUCUCGCCAUCUCAAUCUAUUUCCUCCACAGAUUCUCAGCAAUAGUGAAACGGUGAUGAAUAGUAUGGAAGGCAUUGGCAAUGUAAAUAUGUAUGGAACUCCUUUUGGAUAUGGAGCCGUGACGCCACUAUUGGGGACAAAGACGGCGACGGAUAAUAUUAUGCCGAUGUUCAAUUCGGCGAUUACAGAUUCUAUUCCGGCGAAGACAGCUCCGAUGAAAUCCGAGAGUGGUCUCAGUUAUGCUGUUCCGGUAUCGAGAAAGCGAUCGAGUGAUGCAAUGAAUCCUCUUCUUUCUUCAUUUCCUGGCGUUCAGAAUCAGAAUGCAAAUUACCGUUGCGGUUCUUUCACUUUUCUCGGCGAAGAUAUUUCGAUUCAGAUCCAACAACAACAAUUAGAAAUCGAUCGCUUCAUUGCUCAUCAGACUGAGAAAGUAAGGAUGGAAAUGGAAGAUAGACGAAAGAGAUAUUCGCGGAGGAUCGUGGCAGCUGUUGAAGGCAACAUAAUGAAGAAACUGAAAGCAAAAGAAGAUGAAAUUGAAAAAAUUGGAAAAUUAAACUGGGCCUUGGAGGGGAGAGUGAAGUCCCUGUGCGUAGAGAAUCAGAUAUGGAGAGAUUUGGCACAAACAAAUGAAGCCACAGUAAACACUUUGAGAUGCAAUCUCGAGCAAGUUCUAGCUCAAGUCCAAGGCGAUCGAAACCAGCGCCACCGCGCCGACGAGGAAUUAGCCAACGACGCUCAAUCGUGCUGCGGCAGCAACUUCGAAGAAAUCGAGCGGCAAACAUUAGCAGAGUGCACAGAAACCAAUGCGCACUGCACCAAUUGCAAUAAUAACGGGUGUAAUUGUACUGGCAAUAGUGGGGACAAUAGAGGAUGGAAGAGCUGCAGUUACAGUAAUAGUAACAGGAACAGAUUGUGCAGGAGCUGUGGAAAAGUGGAGUCAUCUGUGUUGCUUUUGCCUUGCAGACAUCUCUGCCUCUGUACUUUUUGCGGGUCAUCUCUCAGUACUUGUCCCAUCUGUAACUCCAUCAAAACCGCUAGUCUUAAUGUAGACAUGUCCUCUUGAAAUUCUGUUAAUCCCUUCAUAAAUCGAAAAAAAAUCAUCGAAGUUGCAUAAAUUCUUGUUAAUUGAACCUUGUUAAUUAUCACUUCGAUUAGUAGUAUUACUGAACGUUGAGUUGUGUUGUUUGUGGGUACAUGGCCGGCGCAUGUUAGCGGGUCGUGGAUGGGACGUGGAACAGCGCGGUGAUAUGCGCGCAAAUGUCGCUGUUGUUUGCACAGAAACACCAACCUCGUGUGUUGUGCCAAACUGCAUAAAUUCAUUGCACGGCAGAGGAGAGGGAGUGUGUGCCGACACGCGAUGUGGUGGUUUGUAGAGUCCCACCAAAAAAGAGGACAAAAGUACGGAAAAUCUAUGCCUUAUUUUCUGC